AUGGAGAAGACGGAGAUGCAGCCAAGCUCUCUGACGUCACUCACGGACGACAAACUGGCGCGCUUCGUGCUGGGCCACCAGAAGAAGACCAAGUUCCAGAAGGAGCGAGAAGAUCGUGAGGCUAAAAAGCGACAGGCAGAUGAGGAAGCUGCCAAGAUCUACGCGACGUUCGUUGCGUCCUUCGACAAUGAGGACGAGACGAAAGGCAAAGCGUUUGUGAGAUCGGGAACGCAGGCAGCCCAGGGAAACAGCGAGCUGCCAACUCAAAGUGGAGAUGUAUAUAGACUGAAAGGCAAGGAGCAGGCUGCUCCUUUUUCUGCGACGAGGAAAAAGGUAUCAGAAAUGGACCAAAUGUUGCAGCAGAUUAAGCAAAAAGACGCUGAUCGGAGAGAAGAGGCCCAAACAACGCAUAAACCGAAAAAGCGACGAGCUAUCGAUGAGUUUCUGGAGGAGAUGAAGGAGCGAGGGCCUGCGCCUGUCUCGAUGGAAGGUGUUGGCUUAGCGAAAGGAUCGUUCGAUAAUGGAGACCCGGAGACGACCAACUUGUAUGUUGGGAAUCUGGCACCGACUGUCACAGAGGAAGUUUUACAGGCAGAGUUUGGGCGCUAUGGAGAGGUAUAUUCCGUCAAGAUCAUGUGGCCUAGAUCAGAAGAAGAACGCGCGCGCAAACGCAACUGCGGAUUUGUCAGUUUCUACGAGCGUCGAGAUGCUGACGAUGCUCGCGUCAACUUGGACAACAAACAGCUGGAAGGCCAGCCAAUGAUUGUCGGGUGGGGUAAAGCAGUGAAAAUCCAACCUCGGGGAAGCGCCCCCGGACUUCUACUUCCAUCCGCAGUGCUCCAUCCAUUAGCUACCACCACUGUAUCUACUGUUGUGCCAACUCCCGAUGGCGAUUUAAACGGAAAGCAGACGAUUGCAAUCGAUAUACCUACCGACCAAGAGGCGAGGCGGCGUGUGGACCAUCUGGCUCAUUAUGUGGCAGCGGACGGACUCCAGUUUGAGAAUGCAGUGCGCAUGCGAGAAGCAAACAACUCGGCCUACAGCUUCUUUUUUGAGCCCCAGUCUGCUUUAGCUCUGUACUACCGAUGGAGAGUCUACUCGUUCGCCAUGGGGGAUGACGAGUACACGUGGCGUGAAAAACCGUUCCAGAUGACACUCGACGGCCCUGUUUGGGUACCGCCCAAGAUGCCUUCCCGGUCACCUAGGGGUCGGAGACGAGGCUCUCACUCUCGAUCUUCUGGACAGUCUAGUCAUCACGAUAGAAGUGCCUCUCAACGUCGGAGUCACUGCAGAAGUCGGAGCUUCAGUCGAAGCAGAUCACGAAGUUCCAGCCGAAGUCGUAGAAGAUCUCGGCGACGAAGCCGAAGCAGCAGUCGUCAUCGCUCCCGUAGUAGUACAAGGAGUUCUGAUGAUGACCGCGAUAACCGAAGAAGCCGCCGCCACUCCCACAGGCGACGUAGUCGAAGUCGGAGUCGCGUUCGUCGAAGUCGCUCGUGGUCGUCAGAUGACUCGAUCUCUCGAAAACGUCGUCGUCGCUCACGUUCGCGUCCUCGCAAGGAAGACCGGCAGCGUGAUGACAAUCGGCGUGAUGGCAACCGGCGUGAAUUAAGCCGCGAAAAUUGGCGAGCAGAUAUCCAAAGUGGCUUCAGCCACGGAUACGUGGAAAAGGAUGAGAAAAUGCUGACAGGACAACAAAUUGCACGGGCUCGCGACAUGGAGAGAGGACGAGAGCGAAGUCGCUUGUCGAAUGAGGACUACGACAAUUUCAAGGGAUUGCUCGAGGACCUGACUCUGGAGCGAGAAGCCGUGAAAAAGACGAUGGGUUUCGCUUUGGACAAUUCCGAGGCGGCAGUGGAUCUGGUCAACAUCAUUCUAGAUUCUUUCAAAACUGCGACCUCGUCGGGCGUGGCGCUUGUUGGUCUGCUGUACGUGGCGUCCGACAUCUUGCACAACAGCUCGGCUGCAGUCAAGAACGCGUCGCUGUUCCGUACGACAUUUCAAGAGUGCUUACCAGAGAUUAUGGACACACUACGCGUUGCACACAGAAGCAUUGGCGGCCGCAUGUCUGCGAAUGCGAUGAAGGACAAGGUGAUGAAUGUGCUGACAGCUUGGGAAAACUGGAGUUUGUUCCCCCCUGCCGUGCUCGUGGGGCUCCAUGCGACAUUCCUACGGAAAGUGGAAGAGGACGAGUAUAUCGCUGCACGCAGUCUGAAGUUCGAUGCCAUUGGGGAAUCAGAUGUAGAGCGGCUACGGAAAACAUGCCGGCAGUCGGGAAUUAUGGCCACUGGAGACGCAAAGAGGCUGGCUGCUCGAUUGCAAUGGCUGAAGGAGUUCACAUCUCCAACGGCACCAACUGCUGCUGGACAACCAGUAAAGCACUGCGUCCAGGCAAAUACCAAGAGCAGCGUGAGGGAAACUGCCACCCUGACUCUACCCAAGGUUGAUUUCAAUGAUCCAAUAGCAGCGACUACUAAAGAAAUGGGCAAAGAAAAUGGAGACGAAGGUGACUUGGACGGCGAGCCUAUUGAUGAAGAUUUAGACGGCGAACCGAUCAUAAAAGAAAUCGAUGAAAUUGAUGGCGAGCCGAUGAAAGACGAAGCGCUAGAUGGAGAACCGUUAAAUGGGGGAACGACUGAAGACAAUCUAGAUGGAGAACCACUCGAUGGCGGGGAUUUGGAUGGCGCUCCAAUGGAUGAAGAGGACUUGGAUGGAGAGCCAAUUUAAGCUCUCGGCAUUUUCAAUUUAUCUACCGGGGGGGGACUUAAUUCAUGGUUACGAAAAGUGUUCUGAUAACUCGAUCAAGUCAAUGGCGUCAUAGUCAACAAUUUCAAGAUGCCGUUCUUGCUCUUCUGGCCACUCGUGGAACGUGUUUGGUGGGUCGACGUCUUUAUCGUCUUCGUUGUCACUGCUGCGUUCACAGUGUGGGAAUUGGUAAUGGUCCACGUUAAUUGGCAUUUUGGAAAAGAGGGUGCUUACUUGUCGCUGGGAAUUAUCGUCUUGACUGCCUCAACGCGUGGAAGAACGCGUCCUUCCUGCAUAAGAGUAAGCUGGA